AUGAUAGAUAUGGCGUUGAAGAGCACAUUCUACAUAUCUCAUGGAUCACCCACUUUGUCCAUUGAUGAAUCCAUUGAAGCUAGGAAGUUCCUUCAGUCAUGGAAGAAGGAUGUGUUUCCUCACAGACCCUCUUCAAUUCUCAUCAUCUCUGGUCAUUGGGACACCGCAGUUCCUACUGUUAACGUAGUUGAUUCCGUCAACGAUACCAUCUAUGAUUUCUAUGGAUUCCCCAAACAAAUGUACCAGCUUAAAUACCCUGCACCUGGAGCACCACAGUUGGCAAGAAGGGUGAAGGAACUACUCAAGAAAUCUGGUUUCAACCAGGUAGAUGAAGAUACAGAACGAGGACUUGACCAUGGUGCUUGGGUUCCUCUCUUUUUGAUGUACCCAGAAGCUGAUAUCCCAGUUUGUCAGCUAUCUAUUCAAUCAAACAAAGAUGGAACUUAUCAUCAUAACUUGGGAAAGGCAUUGGCCCCUCUUAAAGAUGAAGGUGUAUUGAUCAUAGGUUCUGGAAGUGCUACUCACAACUUGAGAAAACUUGAUCUUGGUUCUAACCCCACUGUUGCUCCUUGGGCUCUAGAAUUUGAUAACUGGUUGAAAGAAGCUCUUCUUGAAGGAAGAUAUGAAGAUGUAAAUGAUUAUGAAGAGAAAGCACCACAUGCAAAAAUGGCUCAUCCUUGGCCAGAUCACUUUUAUCCAUUACAUGUUGCUAUUGGUGCUUCUGGUGACGAUGCAAAGGCCAAACUUAUUCACAGCAGUAUUGGCAUGGGCACGCUCUCUUAUGCCUCUUACCAGUUUACCUCAGCUGCUACUUGA